AUGUCAGCUCGACGGGCUCCGGCUCGCUCUCGCCGUGUUGAUGAUGCCUUGUCUCAACUUGUCGAUUCUCUUCUGCCACCCAUGUCUUUCUCCGCCCUUGGUGACGAGUAUUCCGCCGAUGAAGAAGAUGCGCUUGCGGCAGCUGAGGAGCGCCGGCAUCGAGACCGUCUCGACCGUGCUUGGCAUAUUUUGGACACGGUUAGAGCAGAAGGUGACGCUUCGGCCGCCGAGAACAUCAACAACGCCUCUGAUCUCAUCAAACGAAAGCUACUCAGGGAUAACGCAAGCCCUGACAAGGCUGUGCGAUUCUCCAACCUUUAUUCCCGACUAUUAACCCAGCCUGUUCUUAGCCAAAAGUGGGCCAUUCUUUAUCUACUUUUCAAGUUGUCAGACGGCACAGAUGAAGACGGUGUUGGCCGAAGUCGAAGCCCGCUUAUGAACGAGGGAGAUUUGGAUAAUAUGAUAUUCAAAGGAUCGAGAGACACGCGAACAGGCAUGAGGAUGGCGGAAGAUGAUGAUGGCCCUGCGAUCAGCUCGUCAGUUUCACAACGUGGAGAACGUCUAGAGAAGAGACCCUCUAUAAGAACUGCAAAACAGAAACAGCGAAUUCAGCCAAUGUUGGAAGAUGAUAGAACUAGUCCUACAGGCCGGUCAAGAACGACGAGUGUCGCCAAGGAGACAGUCGUUCAUCAGUCACCUACUCUUCCGCAGGCGGAAGAAAUGAAUCCUACGUCAACGAAAUUGACAGAGCCGUCGCUGCUGCGAGAUCUUCCCUAUAUUCUCCAAGGUCUGUCUUCAGCCAAUGUGGAGUUUUCGUCUGCGACAGUCCUGAAAUUACCGACCAAUCUUUCUAUUCCGAUGAUAUCGCUAUUGCACACACUUGCUGAACCAUGUCUACUUUACAAAGGACUAUCGUCUUUCGUGGACGGUUCGGAAGGUGGGCUUGUAAGCCAGGCUCUUAGGGCGGCGAUUGGCAACGAACUGCGAUCUUACCUGAGUCUUGUAGCUACUUUAGAGGGAGAAAUUCGAAGAGCUCUGACGGCCGCGGCUGAUCAAACCGACCCUAAAGGAUUAGUCAAAGGCGCUGUAACCCUGAAGCGCUGUGUGAUAUGGACUAGAGAAGCUACUAUGGCGUUACGUUUGAUGAGUAUGAUGGUUGAACAAUCAAAAGGCAAAAAGGGCGGCCAGUUAAUAUCUUUGGUACACGGCUUCUCGUCAUCACACGGUGAUCCAUUUGUGGGAAAUUUUGCAGAGAAGCUAUUAUCGCAUGUCACCCGUCCAUUCUAUGACAUGUUGCGACAAUGGAUUUAUGAUGGAGAGCUUUCUGACCCGUACAAGGAAUUUUUCGUUACAGAACCUGAGUUCAGGCCAAGUACAGAUCCUCGUCGUAUUGCCUCGAGCGUGUGGGAGGACAAGUACAGACUAGAUGAAGACAUGAUUCCUAGUAUCAUCACUCAAGACUUUGCCAAAAAGGUAUUUCUGAUCGGCAAGUCUCUCAACUUUAUCCGGUAUGGCUGCGGCGACUCGGCUUGGGUGGAAGCUUAUUCGAAAGAGGCGUCUAAAGAGCUUCGUUACGGGGACACCGCAACAUUAGAAAUUUCAAUCGAUGAAGCUUACAAGACUACCAUGGCGCGUCUGAUUCAUCUAAUGGAUACAAAAUUCAAGUUAUUCGAACACCUGCGAGCUUUGAAAAAAUAUCUCCUACUAGGACAAGGCGAUUUUAUCGCCUUGCUUAUGGAGUCUCUUGCAUCAAACCUUGACCGUCCUGCCAACUCACAAUAUCGACAUACACUCACAGCCCAAUUAGAACAUGCAAUUCGGUCUUCGAAUGCACAGUUUGAUUCACCUGAUGUUCUUCGACGUCUAGAUGCACGAAUGUUGGAACUUAGCCACGGCGAGAUUGGAUGGGAUUGCUUUACACUUGAGUAUAAGAUUGACGCCCCUGUUGAUGUAGUGAUCACCCCCUGGGGCUCAACACAGUACCUCAAGGUGUUCAACUUUCUCUGGCGAGUGAAGCGAGUGGAAUUUGCUCUUGGAAGCACCUGGCGCAGAUGCAUGACGGGCGCGAGAGGAGUCCUCGGUAAUGUAGAAGACAAGAUUGGCCCUGACUGGAAGCAUGCAAGAUGUGCGAUGGCGGAGAUGAUCCACUUUGUCUGUCAGCUACAAUACUAUAUCCUAUUCGAGGUGAUUGAGGCUAGUUGGGACCAAUUGCAAGCUGCGAUUUCCAAACCUGGUUGUACACUGGAUGACUUGAUUGAAGCUCAUACCAAAUACCUCAAUUCAAUUACUCACAAGGGUCUCCUCGGGACAGCCUCUACCUCCCGCAGCUCUACAUCUGGAAAACAGCCAGAGGAGAGCUUCCUUAGCCAACUACACCAGAUUCUUAAGAUUAUGCUCGCUUAUAAGGACGUUGUGGACGGCUUGUAUUCUUUUUCGGUGGCCGAGUUCACACGGCGUCAGGAACUGAGUGCCAAGAUCGAAACCCGGACUGCACAGGGUCUCUGGGGAGUUACUGAGCGUGAUCUACUAGCUUCUGCUGGACGGCCACAGGGCCAUUUGAAAUCAACAUCUACAGACACCCCGUCUCCGCUUUUGAGCCAGGGAGGAGGACUCUCUGCCGAGGACCAUAUGCUCCCAUCAUUACAAGUCCGACUCCGUGACCUUUCUGUCGAUUUCAAGGCCCGUCUCAAUGUCUUACUGGGCGACCUCGCAUACCAGCCCGAUAUCGACAUGCGGUUCCUCGGAGUCGUCAUGAAUUUCAACGACGUAUACGAGCCUGUGCGACGACGCCGUACCACCACCACCACUACGACGAACUCUUCCUCCAAAGAUCGACGUCGUAAAGCGGGCGGAAUACCGUCUAGCACGCAAAAUGAAAAGGACGGAGGAAAAGAAACCGAUCCAGCCAAGGACGCCCAAGAGGGUGCAGCCACCGAGAUGGCUGAGGGCUGA